CGUUACACGCUUGAUUUCUGCAUCUCAUGUCUGUGUUUAGGAUCGGUGGGUCAUCAUUGCGCCUAGCAUGCUCCGUUUCCCGAGCCCCCGUGAGUGCUUUGCGUCCGGCUCUCAGUCAACUCAGAACCCAAUAUCAAACGCGCACUCAGCAUAACCACCCACAAAGAUCGCCAAGACCUUAUCGGCCACAGCCAUCACAGCAAGAGGCACAAAGUCAAAGAACGAAAGAAGAAGAGCAGGUUCUCUUCGCAGCCAACAGUGGAGAGUACCAACCCGAGCCCGAGCCAAUCUUCGACGAGUUCCCCAAGGUCAAAGUUCGCUAUUUGCGUCCAGCGAUUUGGGCUCUCGCAGUAUCCGGUGGCAUCUAUGUCGGUCUCGCUUAUCUGGAAGCAAAAGAAGAACUCAAGUCCAAGAGGUCUGCAGGAUGGCUCCAGGCACCCCAGUGGAGCACACCAAGGCGUGGCCCACCGACGCCAACUGAGAUUGCGACUGGAUGGUGGGAUCAAUUGAACCCCAUAUCUAGACUUAGCGUGGGAAUCAUCGGUGCGAAUAGCGCUGUUCACGCAAGCAGCUUCCUGGUGCCUCGCUUCUGGGAUACACUAUGGCACCUGCCAGCGCGCAACGUCAAUUAUACCCAGUUCACAUCAAUGUUUGUGCAUUCCGGUGCCCUACACUUCUUCGUCAACAUGUACUUCCUCAACAACUUCAUGGCACCAGUAGGUUAUUCACGUUUAUUCGAAGGGAGUCCAUACCACACACUAUCAUUUUUCCUCACGACAGGUGUAAUUUCCGGAUUUGCGCAGCAUUGGGCGACUCUGAUACCAAUCCAAAAACGGGCUAUACCUGAGAUCUUCAUCAGAUGUGGAGGCGCAAGCGGUGCGCUUUUCGGUGUGCUUGGCGUAUUUUGCAUGCAGUAUCCGACUGCUGGACUUGGUAUCCUAUUUGUGCCUGUGCAUUUCGACGCGCAGUACGUUUUACCUGCUAUCAUGCUCUUCGACUUUAUCGGCGUGGUACGAGGGUAUUCGUUCGUGAAUUUUGGACACGCCGCACAUUUGUCUGGGGCGCUGAUCGGCGUUGCAUACUCCCAUUUUGACGGCAAGACCAAUCUUUGGAAGCCUCUUGUGCGUUACUGGAAGCGCCAGUUACAGAGCACGUCGUAGUCAGAGGAAGCUUGAUGUUAAUGCUAAAUCAGAUGUAAAAUUCCAUGGAGUCGCAGCUGCUCCACAAUAGACAGGACGGAUUCCGACCCUAGGAUACUUUCUCAAGUACAACAGGGAGAAUUUAACUAGCUUGACUAUAUCAAUAUCAAUGUAAAGUUAACCCAAAUGUCUUGGCCAUCCUCGGCGGUGUUUGCAAUAAGAACGGUACUGGUACUCAACCACUGGUACUGAUUCUAGAUCCCGGUACUGGUCCUCAACCAACCAGAAAACUCGUGGUAACAAUAUUUUCGAGU